UGUUGGCGUUGUUUGAGCAGUACGUGGAGAAGGGUCUUCAGUUUGUGUGGAAGCGUUGUGUCCAGGCCAUGGGCCAGGUGGACAUCAGUAAGGUCACUACCCUCUGCUGCCUGUUGGAGGCGCUGCUGCUGGGAGACGGAAGACCAGACCUCAAGAUGGAAGCUAAGCACCUGAACAGUGUGUUGUGUCAGACGUUUGUGUUCUGCUACCUGUGGUCUGUGGGGGGUAACCUGACUGACAGCCACUGGGAUGCCUUCGACAGCUUCGUCAGACAACAGUUUGAAGACAAUAAUGAUGCCAAGCUGCCCAGCUCGGGGGACCUGUGGAGUGUGUUCAUGGACUUCAACCACAAGCGUCUGGAGCCGUGGGAGAGGAUCAUCCCCUCCUUUAGGUACAACAAGGAACUGCCCUUCUUUGAGAUGCUGGUUCCCACCACCGACACAGUGCGUUAUGGCUACCUGAUGGAGAAACUACUGUCUGUAGGACACUCUGUUCUCUUCACCGGCAUCACCGGAGUAGGAAAGUCUGUGGUGGCCCGUGGUCUUCUGAACAGUGUCCAGGAGAAGGGAGGCUAUGUUCCCGUCUAUAUCAACUUCUCAGCACAGACCACCUCGGCCAGAACACAGGAGAUGAUCGAGUCCAAACUGGAGAAGAAGAGGAAGAACAUUCUGGGUGCUCCUGGUAACAGAAAGAUAGUGAUCUUUGUGGAUGAUCUGAACAUGCCUAAAUUGGACACCUACGGCUCCCAGCCUCCAAUAGAGCUGCUCAGACAGUUCCAGGACUUCCACGGCUUCUACGACCGAGAGAAGUUCUUCUGGAAGGAGAUCCAGGACAUGACGAUCGCGGCGGCCUGCGCUCCGCCUGGAGGGGGCCGUAACCCGGUGACCCCUCGUUUCAUCCGCCACUUCAGCAUGCUGUGUCUGCCCACUCCCUCCGAACACAGCCUCAAACAGAUCUUCAAUGCCAUCCUCAGUGGUUUCCUCAGUGAGUUCCCCCAGGCGGUGAGGUCUUCAGCAGGCAGCAUCGUAGACGCAGCAGUAGAGAUCUACCACCGCAUGUCUGUGGACCUCCUGCCUACACCAGCCAAGUCCCACUAUGUCUUCAACCUCAGGGACCUCUCCAAGUGUGUCCAGGGUGAGACACACACACACUACGUCUUCACCCUCAGGGACCUGUGUGUCCAGAGAUCGUGGUGGAGGAGUUCCCUAGAGGACAUUAACAACAUGUUGAACAGUGGAGAGGUGCCCAACCUGUUUGAGAAGGAUGAUCUGGAGCAGGUCCUGGCUGCCACACGGCCCAGAGCCAAGGAGGCCGGCAUCAACGAGGGAAACCGAGACGAGGUACAGUAG